UUUUUGGUUCAACAAUAUUGAAACGUUAUCUUUUUCAUUAAGGGAGAGGAUUAUUCUAAAAACGUUACACCAGACUUAAGUUUGUUAGUGUUAAAUGUAAGCUCUUAGAUAUUCACAGAAUAUAUACUACCGACAAUUUAAUAAGUAGAAUCAUAACCAAUAAAAGAGUGUAAUUCUGGACCUAGACACGCUUCAUAAGCCUCUGCUUCUGAAUGAGACUGGUGCAGAUUUCUUACAAAGGUCGCAGGAUACAUAUAUGCCAAAAGAAAAAUCCGCUGCCAAGGACAAACGUAGACGGCGAAAGUAGAACGACCAGCAGUUUUGACUGCGCUGGAUGUGGCAAAAUAUGUUGGUCACAGCUGGGUCUGCGUGGUGACGUGAAAUACUGCACUCCUCAUUCAUCUUUGAACUCGAAGACACGCCUUAUUAUUGACAGCUUUAACACGAGGUUCAAGGGUCGGAGAUUAAUGUAUAAACUUGUACGUGUAAACCUGUAUAGUACGUUUCAUUGCAAGCAUAAGUGAAACAAAACUAAAAAAAAACAACGAGGUUAACAGCCAGCCCCAAGGGUUCCCAAGUUGUCAUGGGUGACUUGUUUAAGGGAACUUCGCUUGAUGAUGAAGAUCAUAGUUUUUCUCAAACAGCUACAGUGCCCACAGAAGGCAUGAAAAACAGCGAGAGAGAUUGCAGGGCUCCAGACGGAGGCUACGGCUGGUUGGUGGUGCUCGGCUGCUUUGUCAUGCACAUCAUCAUUGGAGGCCUGGACAGAAGUGAAGGCGUCUUCUUCCUGCUCCUCCUCGACACCUUCGGGGAGAGCGUCCAGCUGACGUCGUGGCCAGGGGCGGUAGUGUGUACCCUGCAACUAACGCUUGGCCCGCUGGCUAACGCAUUCAGCACCCGCUACAGCGUCAGGGCGUCUGUCAUGGUGGGCGGCGUCCUCGCCAGCCUUGGGCUCAUCCUCAACUCUUUCGCCACCAACAUCUACUUUCUCUUCUUCACCCACGCCAUCAUUGGCGGCGUCGGCAGAGGGCUCGCCUACACUCCUGGACUAUCACUAGUUGGCCUUUACUUCGACAAAAGAGUAGGACUGGCGACUGGACUUGGUACAUCCGGUGUUGGACUAGGGACAUUUGUCAUUGUCCCCCUGGUGCACUUUUUUACUGUCUACUACGGUUACACGGGGACCUACCUUAUCAUUGGAGGUUUAGCAGCUCACCUCCUUGUAGCCGCAAUGCUGUUUCGGCCUCCUAGUUUUCAUUAUAAAUUUACUCGACGACACGAAUAUACAACACAAAACUCGACGAAGAACAUUCCAGCCGAGGAUCUCGAGCAAGAAAAUUUUAUACAUGAGAAACAUGACCCAGAGACCAAUUCGGGCUUUAUUUCAAAUGACAAAGACUUAAUUCCUCAUCCAGACCCCUACAGUGUAAUUAAAACACAACAAAAGCAAGAAAGACGACUCUGUACCAGAAUGUCUCAUUCAAUAGUUUCCUCAAUGCAAAUUUGUUUUCCGCGAGACAAUUACAGAGAAAGCAAAGAAAAUUCCAGAAAGCUCUUUCAUUUGUAUCUGCUUAAGAAACCCCCGUUUACACUUUUCUGCAUAAGCAUCUGGCUUUUUACCAUGGCUUUUAGGGCAGCUUUCACCUUUAUGCCUGCUCUAGUCAAAUCUAAAGGCAUCUCCGAGUCGGAAGCCGCCAUGGCACUUUCCGUAGCGGGAGCAGUGGACAGCCUUGGCAGAAUUUUAUCCGGACUUAUUCUGGACACGACACUUCUUCGUCCUUACCGCCCAGUCUUGUACACCUUGAUCAUUUUUGGUGUGGCUGCUGUCGCUUUUGUCUUGCCCACCUUGAACAGCAUAGCAUCUUUCUGCGUCUUCUGCGCAUUAUACGGAUUCUUCACUGGCGCUUUCAUCUCUCAGAAAUCUGUGAUCUUGGUGGACAUUUUGGAGCCGAAGCAUGUGUCCAACUCCCUUGGCCUUCUGAUCGGGUUCCAAGGCUUUGGCAACCUCCUGGGACCACCUCUGGCGGGCUACCUAAAAGACAACCUUGGCACCUUUGACGAGGCGUUUUAUCUUGGGGGUGGUCUCUUAGCAGUGUCUGGGGUUUUAAUGCUAAUCAGUAAUUGCUUUUUACGAUUUGACAAAAGAAAGAAACGGAAAUGCCUAUCAAUAUCUGCAAGACAUUAGAGAACAAUACUUCUAGGUGUGUCAUAAUGACAGAGGAAUACCAGACUAGGUAACUUGUGUUCCAAAGAAUGGCCAAGAGUGGUAAAAAAGAUUUAAAUGGAAAGACUGGAUGAAGGAAUUGAAAUACUAACGAGAGUAGACCUAUUUUAAAAAUACUAAAACAUCUUAGUGUCAAAGAUACGCAAUCAAAUAUCUUCUCAUUAUAUUUAAAAUAUCUGUAAAGGUUGUGUUUAUUCUGCCAGUGUAUUCACGUAUUCAUAGUGCCUAUAGUGAAUGGGCUCAACUUGAAUUGACUUUACUUGAUAUCAAAACCUUUUCGUUCAUGUUGAAUUUUAAAUAACAAAAAAGAUUUAGCAUUAUUGAUGA